AUGCCCAUGUUCAGAAGGGGUUUUUUUGCUCUGACAUCAGUAUCAUCCCUUGAAGUGAAAUGCCGGCUGUGUGAUCAUCUCCUCUCAGAGCACCAGGAUUUUCGUACCGACUCAUCUCCGAUGGAGAUAUUAGCAUCUGCCGGCAAGUCUAAUCAGACGCAACAGGACUUCUGGAAACGUAAUUGA